UUCCUACUCGGACCUUCAAUGAGAUGCACACUGCAACAUGGCGGCCAACAUAGAGCAAAUUUUCCAAGAUUUUAUACUGAAUAAAAUCAGAGAAAUUGAAGAGCAGAAUGAAGACAAAGCUGCUGCUGAAGAAGUGGGUGCCAGCAGUGAAGUGAGUGUAGCAGAAGAAGCCACUUCACAGAUAAACAAACAGGAAGACUCAAAGGGGACUGGUUCACAAAAGAAACAUAAGAAGCACAAAAAACACAAAAGUAAAAAGAAGAGGAGGAACCGAGAGAAGGAGGAAAAUGAGAGCAGUUCAGAGUCUGAUGCAGAACUGGAGGGAGGAAACAAACAACCAAGAAGAGGAACACCAACAGAGGCAAAUAAGGAGCAAGGUGAGGAUAAUGAGAGUAAGUCCAGAUGCCACAAGAGACAUUCAACUGGAAAGAGAAAGAAGAAGAAGAAGAGAAUGAAGAAAGGUGAAGAGAACUCAUCAGAUUCCGACCUCCAGUUCGUGUCAAAGCAGAGGGAUAGCAAAUGUGGUUUAAGCUUAUUGCCAAGGCGACGAGAGGAGUUGCCAGAUAUCAUCCCAAAACAGGACCAGUUCCUCAGGGCAACUCCAGUAUCCGGGGGUGUCGGGGAGUUCCUGAUGAGAAAGAUGGGCUGGAAGACUGGAGAGGGCCUAGGAAGGAAUCGCGAGGGCACCGUGGAGCCAAUAAUAAUCGACUUCAAGGUUGAUCGCAAAGGACUGGUUGCUGAAGGAGAGAAGCCACAGAAGCAGACAGGGGGACUAGUGGUAACCAAGGAUCUAAUGGGAAAGCACCCGGUGUCUGCUCUCAUCGAGUUGUGCAACAAGAGACGGAUAAUGCAGCCAGACUUUGUCAUGGUUCAUCACAGUGGUCCUGACCAUCGCAAGAAUUUCCUGUUCAAGGUCACGGUGAAUGGUGUGGACUACCAACCACAGACAGCUAGUCCCAAUAAGAAACAUGCCAAGGCCAUGGCAGCUACAGUUGCCCUGCAGGCUCUGGGAGAGGUUCCUGUUGAUGGACCAGGACUCUAUACUGGCCCUGUCUUCACUGCUGCUUCUACUGGCCCCCUGUUCUCUACAUAGACAUACACACAAUAGUGGUACUAACAUAUUCUGCAUAGUUCAACUGUUUGCCUAUAUUCUCACUUCAGUUGUGGGAAAAGAAAGGGUCUUUCAGUCCUAUAAAAUAACUGGCCCAUUGUUUUUACGCUGGUGGUUUAUUUAUAUACAAACAAAUUAAUAAAUUAUCUAAGUACACAACAGUGAGAACCAUUAAGACCAGUCAGGCUUCAGAUGACACAGAGUAUCUUUGUAUUGAUGCUACUUGAUGCUACGAUUUUAUACCCACACUUUUUUUCACUAUGUUCAUGACAGGGUGACAAAAAUAUUUUAAAAAGAUAUUGACAAGUCCCCAUCGUAUUAAAUUUGGUUGGCAUGUAUGUAUGUAUGACACUGUAUGUAUGAUGAUAUGUAUGAUCUAGUAGCAUUUCAGCCUGAUACAUAUUAGCUGACCAAUACAUUAGUCUAACCCUAGACAAAACAUGAGUUUCUCUGAAAUGGAUUUGUUGUUGGUCACAGCAAAGCAGAGCUAAGCUGGGCUGUUAAAUGAAAAGUUAAUAUGUAAAUUAAUGUGUCUUGUUGUUUAGCAACUUUUCUGUUGUUCUUGAUAGUAAACUUUAUGGAACUAACCUUCUAAAAUGUGUAAACAGAAAUAAAGAUUAUAUUUAUUUAAUGUGGUAGAGGAAGCCACAUUAUGUUUCUUGGUAA